CGUUGAAUUGAGGAGUUGGCACGGGCUGAGGUAUAAGAAUCAUCUAUAUACCCGACUUCCUAUUGCCCGACAAACUACACCAUACUUUGUCCAACCAUCAAUACUUGCAAAGGAACACUGCAGUCAUCAUGGACUCCUCCGUCGAGAAGGCAAAUCAACAGCAGCAGCUCGAGACCAUGAACGAGUUUGACCCUCAAAAGCCAGAAGUGAUUCAAGCUGAGGGCGACUUGGACGUUGGAGCACAGAUCGUCCAACAAUUUGGCACUGAUUUCACUGAUGAUGAGAAGAAAAAGGUACUUCGCAAGAUCGACUGGCAUGUAAUCCCUCUCGCAGCUUGGGCCUGUGGUCUUCAAUUCGUAGACAAGUCGGGGCUUGGAGCAGCAGCAACAUAUGGUCUUCGGGAGGAUCUGGGCCUCCAAGGCCAAGAAUACUCCUGGUGUGUCUCGAUGUUCUACUUUGGCUACUUGGCUGGGGCCUUUUUUGCUGGUCGCUGCCUUCAGUACUUCCACGCUGGCAAAGUCAUUGGAAUCAGCUACUUCAUUUGGGGCUGUAGUCUGCUAGGCUGUGUCGGCGCUCAAAACUUCGGUACUCUUCUUGGCCUCCGAUUCAUUCUUGGAAUUUUUGAAUCUUCCCUCGUUCCCGGCCUGCUCUUGAUCACAACAAUGUGGUACAAGCAACAAGAACAAUCACUUCGAUUCGGUCUUUGGACGGUUACAAACGGGAUCAUGCCAGUCCCCUUCUUGAUCAUUUAUUGGGGCCUGGGACAUGUCAACUCUGGCCCUCUGGUUCCAUGGCGAUUGAUCUUUCUGCUUCUCGGCCUUCUAAGUUGUGUAACCGGAGUUGUACUUUAUCUCUGGAUGCCAGACUCCCCAGUCAGUGCUAAAUGGUUGACUGACCGAGAAAAGGCCAUUGCCAUCAAGCGUGUCUCAGAAGACCAGUUGGGCGUCAAAAACACUCACUUCAAAUGGGCCCAAGUAAAAGAGAGUUUGCUGGACUACCGAUUCUGGAUGAUGGUCUUACAGAUGUUCUUUUCUCAGGCCGCCGGCAAUGUUACAACCAACUUCUUGGGCAUCAUUAUUAGGGGCUUCGGCUAUUCAGCGUUGAAGGCUCAGCUUUUCACGGCACCGAACUAUGCGACCCAGGCCGUGGUACAAAUGCUGGUUUCAGCACCUCCGACGCUAUUCACCAGUUGGCGUAACCUCAAACAACCGCUGGUUGCAACUGCGAGUAUAGUCGCUCUCGUCGGAGCAGUCCUACUCUAUGUAACACCUGCCGAACCCGAAUUCCAAAACCGCCGCUUGGCCUCGAUCAUCAUCAUCUCCUUUUCUGGAGCCAACUACACCGUCGUCAUGGCUAUCAUUGGGACAAACAUGGCCGGGUUCACCAGAAAACAACUCUCUACUUCGACGGCAUUUUUCCUCUACUGCGUAAUCAACAUCAUCACUCCUCAGACAUUCUUGGGCUCCGAGAGUCCUCGAUACCCGACCGGUCUCACCUUUGUUUUGACCUUCUUGUCCGUCUACAUUGCGUUGUCGUUCUCGACUUGGACUGUGAUGAGGUUGGAGAACAACCGUCGUGAUAAACUGGCAUUGACAAACCCGGCGUAUACUACUGGCGCGGCGAACAUGGAUGAAAUGUCCGGUCUCAGAGACGAGACAGAUAUCCAGAACAAGCAUUUCAGGUACUCGGGUUAA